CGUCAUCACUGCGACUGACGUGAUGAAAUAACAGGAAGUUGACACGGGUGGCUAAGCGGCUAGCUCGAGGCUAGUGAGCAGAAAUGAAUCUGCACGUAAUAAAUAGUUCCGUGUGUUUUCACAGGCCGGAACGAAAGUGACAUCUUAUUCACGUACUGCUGCAGCGCACAGCCACACAAGGAACCUGCGAUGGGCCAACGAAGGAGAGUGGCAGCUGUGAGUAAUCCUUCGCCUCAGGGAGGAUCUGGUGCUCCUGCAGAGUCUGUCAGGGUCUUUAACAGGAAGCAUAACAUUUGCAUGGUGUCUGACUUCUUCUAUCCAAAUAUGGGAGGAGUAGAAAGUCACAUCUACCAGCUUUCCCAAUGUCUGGUUGAAAAGGGACACAAGGUGGUAAUCGUCACCCAUGCCUAUGGCCGGAGGAAGGGUGUUAGGUACCUGACCAAUGGACUCAAGGUCUACUACCUCCCCCUGCAGGUGAUGUACAACCAAUCCACAGCCACUACCUGUUUCCACAGUCUCCCACUGCUGCGCUGUGUGUUCUUCAGAGAACGCAUCACUGUGGUGCAUGCACACAGUUCAUUCUCCGCUCUGGCCCAUGAUGCACUGUUCCACGCCAAGACCAUGGGUCUGAACACGGUUUUCACUGACCACUCACUCUUCGGCUUCGCUGACAUCAGCUCUGUGCUGACCAACAAGCUCCUCACUGUGACGCUGUGUGAUACCAACCACAUUGUGUGUGUGUCGUACACCAGUAAGGAGAACACAGUGCUCCGAGCAGCGCUCAACCCAGAGAUAGUGUCCGUUAUUCCCAAUGCUGUUGACCCUCUGGAUUUCACCCCAGAUCCCUCCCAGCGCCCCGACGACAUAAUCACCAUUGUGGUCAUCAGCCGUCUUGUCUACCGCAAAGGAAUCGAUCUUCUCGGUGGAAUAAUCCCAGAGCUCUGCCUCAAACAUCCAGAUCUGCACUUUCUAAUUGGUGGAGAGGGGCCAAAGAGAAUUGUGUUGGAGGAAGUGAGAGAGAAGUACCAGCUGCAUGACAGAGUGCGUCUGCUUGGGGCUUUGGAGCAUAAAGAUGUCUGUGGCGUUUUGGUUCAGGGUCACAUCUUCCUCAACACAUCACUGACUGAAGCGUUCUGCAUGGCCAUUGUCGAGGGCGCCAGCUGUGGACUUCAGGUGGUCAGCACUCGUGUUGGAGGCAUUCCUGAGGUGUUACCAGAGGAUCUGAUCACCCUGUGUGAGCCCACUGUUAGUUCUUUGUGCGCUGGUCUAGAAACUGUCAUUGCCCGGCAGCGGUCCGGCUCUGUCUCCUCCCCCGCAUCCAUCCACGCACGUGUGCAGAACCUCUACACCUGGAGAAACGUUGCAGAAAGGACUGAAAAAGUCUACGACAGAGUGGCUGGAGAGGAGGUACUGCCUUUGGACAGACGGUUACGGAGGCUGAGGGCUCACUGCGGCCCCGUAGCCGGCUCCAUCUUUGCAUUUGUGGCUGUUGUAAACUUCCUCUUCCUGCUGCUCCUGCAGUGGUUGUGGCCAGAUCGGUUCAUGGACGUCGCCAUGGACGCCACUGGCCCUCACGGACUGUGGAAGCAUGAAAUAAGCAGUAAAAAAGAAGCUUGUUUUAAAAGAGCCACACUCUUAGAGGCAACUACUAGAUGCUGAAUGUGCUAACCCCAAACACUGUUUACAUUUACCUAUCAAAGGGACCUUGUGUGAAAGCAUUUUAUCUCUAUUUUUAUAUUUACAAAUUAAAAUGGAAAUCUGCAGGAGCCCUCGAGACUGUAAUAAGCACUUUUUUGAUUUGGUAUACAGAUUUUAAAAGGCACUGACCAGAGUGAGUAAAAGGGCUGACAAAAUAAUACUCUUACUGUUCCAUUGUUCAUAACCGCAGUAAAUUAUUUUCAGUCUUGUUUUUAUGUUUUGGGCAAAUCUUUAUUUUAUUUUGAUACCACUAAUUUAACUCCUUUGUUUACGUUUUCUCUCCUCUGUGAUUUACUGAAUAUAAAACCUGGGAGUUUUUAAGAUGCUUGUGUGACUCCCAGACUGUCCACUCCAGAAAAUAAAGUGUACU